UGUGUCUGCCCAUUUAUUACAUCUAUGCCGCUUGGUGCCCGAACCCUCUGCCUUCCUUCCUUCCGGUGUAUUACCUAGACAUGCGUGCUCGUUAAGAUGGAGGUGUCUGUGGAGGCAUAUUCAGAUGAGGAGAAAGUAGGGCAGGAACCUAACGUUCGAGACACUCCCGAAGACAUUGCUCUUGAGUCAGCAGCCAACACUAUUGCCUUUCACCCCAGCCGAGAUAUCAUAGCUGCUGGAGAUGUGGAUGGUGACAUCUAUGUAUAUUCAUACUCCUGUCUGGAAGGUGGGAACAAGGAGCUUUGGUCUUCAGGGCAUCACUUAAAAUCCUGCCGGGAAGUGUCCUUUUCUCAUGAUGGAAAUAAACUCUUCACAGUGUCCAAAGAUAAAUCCAUUCAUAUCCUGAAUGUGGAAGAAGGCCGUCUGGUGACACGCUUCAACAAGGCUCACAACUCUGGUUUAAACUGCCUGCUGGUGAUAGAUGAACACUUGUUUGCCACGGGAGAUGAUGGUGGUGAGCUGAAAGUGUGGGACCUGCGCAAAGGCACCUCCAUCAUGGAGAUGAGGCAGCAUGAGGAGUACAUCAGUGACAUGGCCCUGGAUGGGAACAAGAAGCUGCUGCUCACUACCAGUGGCGAUGGAACCAUGGGAGUCUUCAACAUCCGGAGAAGGCGCUUUGAGCUACUCUCGGAGCCUCAGAAUGGAGACCUGACCGCCAUCUCUCUGAUGAAGAGAGGAAAGAAAGUGGCCUGUGGCUCCAGUGAGGGGACUAUUUACCUCUUCAACUGGGAUGGCUUUGGUGCUGCAAGUGACCGGUUUGCAUUGAAGGCAGAAUCCAUUGACUGCAUGAUCCCUGUGACAGAGAACAUUGUGUGCACAGGCUCAAUUGACGGAGUCAUCAGGGCAGUGAACAUCUUGCCCAAUCGGGUGCUGGGCAGUGUUGGGCAGCACACAGGGGAGCCUAUUGAGCAGCUUGCCAAGUGUAACACUGGUCAGUUCCUGGCCAGCUGUGGCCAUGAUCAGAAGGUGAAGUUCUGGGAUAUCUCCUCACUUAGCUCAGUGAUUGUGGAUGAAUACAGGAAGAAGAAGAAGAAAAGUGGACAGCUGAAAUCUUUGAGCCGCAAAGCAUUUGGUAACGGGGAAGACUUCUUUGCAGGUUUGAGAGAGGAGGCUGCAGAAGCAGAGGAGGAAGAGCAUGGUGGUGUCACUGACAGUGACAGUGACUGAAAGAUGUAUGCUGAUCAUAUGUGAGUGGCUCACUCUCCAGAAGGGAAUCUUGUGACUACAGUCUGCUUGAACUUGCCAUGUUUCUGCUGGGAUUCAGCUGAGAGGUCCUUGCUGUUCUGUUGAGCAAAUAGCCAGGAUGUUUGAGUCUGGGUCCUUAUGGAGAAAGGACCAGUCGUCUAAUGAGAUCAGUGCUAUAGUUUUCCUUAGGGUGUUGGAUUCUUUCUGGAAUUCUGCAGUCUGGACUAAGAAGUAUUCACAUGUUUCUGAAAUAUCUUCUUGAGAGAAGUACAGGCCGUCUGCUACAGGAGGAGGAAGCUGGAAAUCUCUAGUGACAUGUGACAGCCAGUGUUCAGAAAACAAAUAUGUCAGGUUCCUUUUUUGACACAAGAAAUUUCUUGGAAUAAAGAGGCUAGAGAAGCUGUUA